CCCUAUGUACUGCCGAGAUCUAUGACAAAUGGCCUCAUGAUCUAGGAACUGGAGUAGGACUACACAGCCUUUCCCUCGACGGAAGAUCAAUUGCAGUAUCAAGAGAAGAUAGCAAAAGCUUCUGUCUGUGCGACCUGUCCAACUCGGAAUCACCCUAUCCCAGCUCGUGCGUGCUGAGCUGCAUAUACAAGCCACAGACUCGAGGGCAGACCACCACUACGAGCGAUGCCACGUCACAGUGCGUUUCCUGUCAUACCGCAGACGCAAGCUCGGUCCAGUACGACUUUUCGGCCACCUCCACUUGACGAUUGUCUCUCGUUGCCGGAACUCUUCGAGUGGAAUGGAGUGAACAACUCGAUGCACCCCUUGUUCGUGUGUGCCAGAGGCGAUGGACGCAUCCGCACAAUCCCAUGGUCCGAAGUCGUUGCAGCUAUGAAUGUCGGUAGCCAGAUCAUCAGGGAUCGCCUGGGAUGGACUUCGGGGACUGCCCGCGACGUCAUUGCGAUUAUCGCGCCCUCAGACAACAUACCCUACUGCAUCAACGAACUGAGCAUCAUGCGUGCAGGCUACGUGGUCUUUCCGAUAUCGCCGCGAAACUCUGCGGCUGCAGUUGCCCAUUUGGUAGAGCACGCCCACGUACAGCAUAUAUUGGUCGGGAGAGAGCAAUCUAUGGUGCACCUCGUCCAGGAAGCGCUCGCAAUGAUUCGAGAACGCGGUGUUUCUUCGCCUCUUCCGAGUGUCUCUUCUUUGCUGUCCUAUGACGAGCUGUUCUCAUUCGACGCGGAGCGACCGCCCCAAAGGGACUGGGUUGCAUAUAACGACGAGGGCACCAAUCCGGAGGCGCAUACAUUGAUACUACACUCAUCAGGUUCCACGGCGUUUCCAAAGCCCAUCAUAUUCACCAACCGACGACUCGCGGAGGUGUGCUUGAUACCCUACUUCGGCAAGCGCGAUUUGACCGGGAAGAUCAUCUCCGUGCAUGUGUUGCCCAUGUUCCAUGCCAUGGGUUUCCAAAUGAUCUGCUGGGCGGCGUCGUGCGGAAUGGUCUUGAGUGCAUUCGAGCCCGGGGUACCCAUCGCGCUUGCAACUCCGGAAGGACACUUCGAGGCUGCGAGAGCCUCUGGCAGCGAUAUCAUCUGUUCAUUACCUGCCGUUCUCGAGGCCUGGUCCCGCAACCAGGAGGCUGUCAACUGGCUAGCCGGGCGCGAUGGCGCGCUAUACAGCGGAGGCCCCUUGAACCCGCACGUUGGAGAGUACCUGCGAUCUCAGGGAGUUGAUAUCGCGGUUGUCUACGGCUCGACGGAAGUGGGCGCCCUCACUCCUAUUGUUCCAGAGAAAGGCAACCACGACUGGGACUACUUCGAGCUAUCGUCUUUCCUCCACACGAGGAUGGUGCCAUCUGGUGAUAAUGCUUAUGAGAUCGUAGUCAUCGCCAAUGAGUUCUGUCAUCCAUGCGUGAUCAACACCCAGGUCGAUGGGCAUGACGCGUAUGCCACGUCCGAUCUUCUCGUCCCACAUUCAACGACGCCCGGACUCUGGAAAGUGUACGGACGGACGGACGAACAGAUCAUUCACAGUACCGGAGAAAAGACGAAUCCAGGGCCGCUCGAGAGCAUAUUGAACCAAGAUCCGCAUAUCGCGUCGUGCGUCAUGUUUGGUAGGGGUCAGUUCCAGGCGGGAGUCCUUGUCGAUCCUGUGCUGGAUCACAGACCCCUGCCGUUGGACGAGAGGCAGUUGGCCGAGUUUCGGGACAAAAUCUGGCCGACCGUCACCCAAAUGAAUGCUUUCGCGCCGCAGCACUCACGGCUAUUCAAGGAGAUGAUCAUGGUCACGGACCUUGCGAAGCCAUUCACCUACACUGCAAAGGGGACACCGCGCCGCCAACCAGUCCUACGCGACUACUCGCAGGAGAUAGAAAGGCUAUAUGAGAUUGUCCAUGACAGCACCCAGUCGGACAUCCCCGCGCCUCUGACGUGGGACCUCCUUUCGACAACUGACUUUGUGCGCCGCGUUGUUGGCCGUGUUCUGGUGCACGCCGUAGGAGACACAGAUGAUUUCUUUCAAAACGGUUGUGAUAGCCUACAGGCGACAUGGAUCCGGAACUCGAUACUGCGCGGGCUGCGGGACUCAGCCAAGCUGGAGACGAGAGAGAUUACCAGGGAUUUUGUUUAUGAACACCCUACCGUCGUAGCCCUCUCCGUAUAUGUCUCCGGGCUGGCCGCCGGGUCUACGAACGACACCGAUACAUCCGAGCAGGCUCGUGUGGCUGCAAUGCGGGCCAUGGCUCGAGCCUACAGCGAAGCCUUUCCGCGACAUCAGCCAGGCACGGGGCGCAGUCAUCAUGACACUCACGCGGACAAGAGCGUUUUCCUGCUCACGGGGACGACUGGAAGCUUUGGGUGCCACAUUCUGCACCGCUUGGUUUCUGACCCGCAUGUCUCGAGGGUAUUCGCACUCAACAGGCCUUCGAAGGACGGGAUCAGUCUGCGUGAACGCCAGAAUGCGGCCUUGAUCGAGCGCGGGUUGCCGACAGACGUCCUCGGCGACAAAGCAAUCCUGCUGGAGGUCGAUUUAGCCGCCCAGCAGUUCGGGACGAGUGGCACGCUGUACGAAGAGAUGAGGAACAGUGUCACGCACAUCGUCCAUAAUGCUUGGCGUGUCGAUUUCAAUGUAUCCCUCACUUCCUUCGAAAGCAACAUCAAGGGUCUGCGCGGCCUUGUCGACUUCGCCUUAUCGAGCGGUAUGCACCAACCGCCACGGCUAACGUUCAUGAGCAGUAUCGGUGUCUUGCGCGACGUCCGCGCAGACAGUUCUCACGAAGAAGGGCAUAUCGAGCCGGAGGUCGCGGCAGGCAGCGGCUAUUCGGAGUCAAAAUGGGUGGCGGAAGAGAUGCUAUACCGGGCUCGCAAGGAGACGUCGCUACAGACGCUGAGCGUUCGCGUCGGUCAGCUAUGCGGCGGUAUCGAUGGGUCAUGGAACUCCAACGAGUGGUUCCCGGCCUUGGUGCAGAGCGCGGAGAUACUGAGGUGCUUCCCGAGAGACGACAGAACAGUCGAUUGGAUACCGCUCGACGUAGCAGCCACAGCCGUGGCAGAAUUCUGUACGACUACCUCGCCGGUCGGGUUUCUUCACCUCGUACAUCCGCGCCCGGUGCCGUGGGACUCUAUCGCCGCAGUCGUUGCUGCAGAGCUCCGCGUCGGUCUCAUCGCAUUCGAUGUAUGGCUUGCGAAGCUCGAGCAAAAGGGAAACACCGCCACGACACAUCCGGGUUGCGAUGAGGUGGAGAUGCUUCGCACACUCCCCGCGUUGCGCUUGCUUCCGUUCUUCAAGACGAUCAUCAAGCCGGGUGCCAUAGGGUCUCAGGAUCUGGCGAUGACGAAUGCUAUGGGGGCGUCUCCGUCGUUGAGCGACCCGAACGUACGGCAGGUUGGCGAAGACGAUGUUCGGAAGUGGAUCGCCUACUGGCGGAGAGUUGGACUGCUAUCGAAUAGCGGACGGUGAACUGUGAUCAGUGUCCCAAGCAUGCCUGAAGCUUGUUGGAUAUGACAACGCGGGAAGCCAAGAGGUCAGAGAGUAGAAAGUCACUCCGUAUGCCCUACGAGCUAGCAGCUUAGAAGGCUGGUAGUGCACGACAGCUCAAUUGUGCUCUCCGCGGUGUUACACGUUCUCGCUUACGUAACGCUACACAGUCUUCACAUUCGUCCU